CAGCAUCCCCAGUUCCUAACGCUUCAGUUCUUAGGUUCCCAUGCCAACCAGAUCAUUCCAGCCAAUCGUAUUCACUCAGUGCCUUUGCCCUUAGUGCCUCAGCUGGUGCUGAUGGGAGAAAAACGGAAGCAGCGAAAGAAGUCAAGAGCCGGCUGUUUUGUAAAGCAGUGCAGAAAAGCUUCGGAAAGUGUGGUUGCCAGCUCCGCGUAAUGGGGCUAAUCUGGUUAGGACUGCAGUGACGAGAGGGAGGUAAUGAUCCUUGCCUUUUCCCCCAUUAAUGUGUGCGAAACAGUGCUCCGUGAGGCACGCUGUCACACUGAGCUGCAGUCCUCUGCGCUCGCACUGCGUCGCCAAGUCCGAUUCCCCGACUCAGGUGCCACAAGAAACCGGCCGCACCUCUGCUGUGCUCGUCAGGGGAGCCUGUCCCCUGUCCUGUCCUGCUCGUGAGCGCUGGGCGCCCUUGCCUGUCGAAUGCGCGGGACAGUGCUGGAGAGCCAUUGUGAGGAGAGCCUGCUGGGUUUCUGAGCUGCAGUUGCUAGGGCAAAUUCCUCUUGGAAUUACAUCAUCUCCCACACAGGAGCCUGGCUGCAGCUGAGCUUCCAGAGGGAACAAUGUGAAAGAGAUGAGGAAAUGGAUGGUAUGAGCCCACUGUCCAUGGCUCUCCUGUGAUCCUGCCUGCCCGGUGCCUGCUCUCCGCCUGCUCUGCUCGGAUCGCCCCCUGCCUGCAAAGACUCGCUCCCGCCAGCCAGCCAGCCCGAGCCAUGGCCGAGGAGAAAGUCCGCCGCGACCUGAUGGACACGCGGCGCCUGGCCAGCCUCCUGCAGCGCGGCGUGGAGCGCCCCCUGGUGAUCGACAGCCGCACCUUCUCCGAGUACAACACCUCCCACGUCCUGAGCUCCGUCAACGUCUGCUGCUCCAAGCUGGUGAAGAGGAGGCUGCUGCAGGACAAGGUGUCCAUCACGGAGCUCCUGCAGCCCAGCAGCAAGCUCAAGGUGGACCUCAGCAGGAAGCAGGAAGUGGUGGUGUACGACCAGAGCACGAAGGACGCCAGCCUGCUGUCCUCGGACAGCUUCGUGCGCAUCCUCCUGGGCAAGCUGGAGGGCAGCUUCCAGCGUGUGUCUCUGCUCACAGGGGGCUUUGCUGCCUUCUCCUCCUGCUUUCCUGCGCUCUGUGAGGGGAAGCCAGCAGCCAUCUUGCCCAUGAGCAUCUCCCAGCCCUGCUUGCCGGUGGCCAACGUCGGCCCGACGCGUAUCCUACCCCACCUGUACCUGGGCUCCCAGAAGGACGUGCUGAACAAGGACCUCAUGGCACAGAAUGGCAUCACGUAUGUCCUGAACGCCAGCAACACGUGUCCGAAGCCAGAUUUCAUCUGCGAGAGCCACUUCAUGCGCAUUCCCGUCAACGACAACUACUGUGAGAAGCUCCUGCCCUGGCUGGACAAAAGCAAUGACUUCAUUGACAAAGUCAAGGUGUCCAACUGCAGAGUCAUCGUCCACUGCUUGGCAGGCAUUUCCCGCUCCGCCACCAUCGCCAUUGCCUACAUCAUGAAGACCAUGGGCCUCUCUUCAGAUGACGCAUACAGGUUUGUGAAAGACCGGAGGCCCUCGAUAUCACCCAAUUUCAACUUCCUGGGGCAGCUGCUAGAGUUUGAGAAGGGGCUGAAGCUGCUCAAAGCCUGGUCCGCCAGCCCCAGCAAACCCCUGGCGGAGAGACGCGAGGAAGAGGCGGAGCAGAAGGGCCUGGAGCCCAGCGCUGGGCGUCCUGGAGGCCUGGAGAAUGGGGGCACGGCGUGGGAGGCUCCGGAGACAGAACCACAGUCAAGAGCCCCUGAGCCUGAGCCAGAGAAAGGGGAGUCCAAACUGGCCUCACCUACGUCGCUGCAGCAGGGCCUGAAUGGCCUGCACCUGUCGGCGGAGCGCAUCCUGGACACCAACCGUCUCAAGCGCUCCUUCUCGCUGGACAUCAAGUCGGCCUACUCCCCCAGCCAGUGCCCCAGGGCCACCCCGGUCAUAGCUGUCACGCCCAUGGCCUCGGAGGACGUCCCCAAGCUCUGCAAGCUGGACAGUCCCCGAGCCGCCAACGGUUUUUGCCAGUUCUCGCCGGUCCUGGACAGCCCGGGAGCAGGAGAGGCGAGCGGGGAGGCCAGGGCGCGGCAGCGCAGGAAAGGGAAGCACAACAGCAGCGCUGGGAGCUCCCCAGCCCACUCCCUGAGCUUGAACUUCGGCCGGACGGGGCCCGUGCACAAGAGCCCCAGCCUGGAUGAGAACCUGAAAGCAUCGCUCUUGCUGACCCUGCCCGGUGGCCACCAGCCGCUGGCGAGCUCCAACGGAGUGUGGACCAAGCACAGGGAGUCCGUACAGGCCACCAGCCCUGGCACCCCCACUGGCGAGAGCCCCUGGUACUUUGGCGCAGACUCCCCGGCCGCUGGAAGCUCGGUGCACUUCGGGAGCAGCUCGGCCUACGUAUCGUUCGGAUGCAGCGGGCUGGCCGGCAGCUGCGAAGCUGUCCGGCUCCGGGAGAAGCCCCAGGAGCACCGAGACUCUCGGGGGAGCUGGCACGAGGACGGCGCCCCCGGCGCAGCGGACAAGCAGUACAAACGGCGGAGCUGCCAGAUGGAGUUUGAGGACGGGAUCUCCGAGACUCGGGCCAGGGAGGAUUUGGGGAAGAUUGGCAAGCAGUCAAGCUUCUCCGGGAGCAUGGAGAUCAUCGAGGUCUCCUGACCCGCAGGCCGAGGGAAAGGAACUGUGUAACCGGAACAGGGAUUUGGGGUCGGGGAUGGGAAGGGGUGGUUAUUUAUAAUAUAAAUCUAUUUUAUUUUGUUUGCAUUUACGAUUCAAAGAGAAUGACGUCAAAGGACAAGUCUGUGGUCUCUGUCUCUGAGCGUGCCAGGAAAGGGGGGGGGCGGAAGCAGUCCGUGGCCUCUUUAAGAAGGAAAGAGGCUUCAGAGCUCAGAGCGUAAAGAGGGGCAAGAUGCCAGAAAGCGAUUACCUGGAGGCUUCCUCCACACCCAUUCAAGUUCAAGUGUAUGUUUCAGGAAAAUCUAAAAUCUUCCAUCCAGGCGUUCCCCCUGGGAAUCUUUACAAUCCGUUUGUGUUUUAUUUUGCUGCUUUAUCAUACCAUGGUGUCAAAAGAACACUAAUUGGGGCUGUAUUUCUGUCUUGAUGACGUUGCUGUGUAAUGGUGUCAGGUCUGGGGGACGCCAUGCCUCAGCACAAGGAGCGGCAUUGGACUUUGAGGCCCUGCGGUACCUGAGCCGCGAUAUUCUGUGGUACUCUGUUAAUAUGAAGGAUUACUCCUUAGGGAGAGUGGGUUUCCCCCCUGCAACUCUUGUUUAAAUGAAGAACGAAUCAAGCCAUGCCGAGUUUUAAUGCCCAACAUGGUAUACCCUAGUGAGAAGCGUUCGGAGGAAGUGCUCACGUGACCCCUCUCCCCUCACCCAGUGUUUGUUUUUGUGUUUGGGAAUGACCCUGGUGUUUCAAUAUUUGGUGAUUUACAACAGAAAUUCUUUGUUGGUGUUUGAAGUCACAUGUGCAGCAGGUGUUUAUUAUUCCCAGCAAAGCAAAUUCUGAGAGACGCUGCCCACACACGCUUCCUGCUUCUCCCUGAAGUAUAUUCUGAGCAUGCUCAGAGCAGUAGGAAACAGAGACACGAGAAGCUGUGCAGAAACAGCACUAAGCUUUAUAUAUAUUUAUAUAUAUAAAGUAAAUAAUUUUACUGCAAUUUUAAUGGACUUUUAAUAUUUCCUCCAGUAUAGUUUUAAUUUAUUUUAUCUGUUCAUUCUGGCAAUGAGAAAUAAUAUAAUGUUGGUGGAUUUUUUUGUUUUCUUU